AUGGAAGUCGCAUCUCCACAGGCGGCACCUCUGCCCGCGCAGCCCACGGAGGCGCCACGGCCGGCGGGCCCGGGGCCUCCGAGGGCACCUCCUGCGGCGACGGAUCAGACAGCAGGCUCCCUCAACGAGAGUUUGGAUCAGCUGUACGGCUGGAUCAGCCGCAGCGCCGAAAGCCUCGGCUUGGACACCUUCGCUGGAGUUGGAAUCGGUGCGGGUUUGGGAGCGCAGCCACAAGCAGCGCUUUGCCCCUGCCGCGAGUCCAAGAGCACGAAGAUGCCUCCGGUGCCCGAAGAGGGCGAGAGCCAGCCGAAGCCCGUGAAGAAGAAGGUGAAGUCCAAGACGAAGUCUGUCAACUGGGGCUUCUACAUCAUGAAGGUACUUCGGCAGGUCCACCCGACGCUGCGAAUUUCUAAGCAGGCCAUGACGGUGAUGGUCUCGUGCGUCGAAGAUACCUUUGACCGCAUCUCCAUGCAGGCGAACAGGCUUUGCCGGCGGAGCGGCUCGCAUUCCAUCAACACCCGUGACAUCCAGUCGGCCGUGCGUCUGGUGUUCCCCGGAGAGCUCUCCCGGCACGCAGUCUCCGAGGGCUGCAAGGCGGUGAUCAACCACAAGCAGAGCGGUGGAGGGCGCAUGGCCGCUCAAGCCGAAGAUGAAGAGCUUGCCGAGGAGGGUGAGGAAGGCGACGAGGAGUGA